UUACAAUCAACAAGCAUGGAGGAUUGGAUGCCUGACGAGCAUGACAUCGACAUCCUGUUGAACAUCGACCAUGAGAUCACCUCCAGGCACGACCCAACGGUACAUGACGCCCCGAUUGGAAAGGCGUCUGUCGCAUCGUCUACGACGUUGUCGCCACAGAAGCGAGGACUGCCGCCAGAAGACGUCGCCUCGGGCGAUGACAGCAGCGAUGGCGAAGAGAACCUCGAACUCGCGUUGGAGCAAAGCCAGCACGACGCGGACGUAGUCAAGCGGCUCCGCCAUCGGCUGAUUUCGUGCCGAUCGAGGCUCAAAAAGAAGCGCGAGCUCGUCGACCUCGCUCGCACCGUGCAUACAUUAGAGCGGCAAUACCAUGCCCUUCAAUCGUCGUUUCCUAGCCUCGGCCACACCGAGCUCAUCCUCGCUCGUUAUCAGCAUCAUCCAUCCUCUGAUCCCGCUUUGGUCAAGCAAAUCGCGUACCGGCGACUCCUCCAGCAAGCUGACCAACUUCGAUCAGAGAACAUCACGCUACAGCAUGCAAUCGCCAAGCACAAGACGUUCGCGUCCUCUGUGCAAGCGUCCAUUUCGUCGACCGAGGCUUGGACAUUGGAACACAUUCACGCCAUGACAGUGUGCGACUUUGUAUCGUUUCGACCGCUCACGACUGACCAGUUCCAAGCCAAACUCUGUCACAUGCUGCAAGACAUGGCGUCUUUCAACGUCCCUAAUGAUGCUGCGAUGACAGCGCACGCCAACGUCGUGGAUGGCUGGACGGACCGCCGACAAGUGAUCGGGUCCCGAGUCAACAUGGUCGCCACCAAGUCCUUCCCCGCCAACGUUGCUGACAGCGUCAUGGAACGGACAUGGGCGAUGCUCACAUCCGCCAGUCUCCUCAAGCAAGUUCUGCCAUUCCUUCGAAAGCUGGACGUUUUGCAGACACUUACGGGGCCCCAAGAUCGUCACCAGCAGGCCGUGGUUGUGCGCAGGGAUUUUGUGUUUGCCCACGAUGACCCCACGAAACGCAGGCGUCGUCAUGUCGUGCACUACACGACGUUGCUGCUCGUGUGGCAAAAACUCGAGGGGGGGGGUCAUGUCUUGACAAGUCGCACGAUCGACGUCCCCGUCACCGACCACGCGUUCGGCGUUGGCGAAACCUGGGUCAACGAGUGUUUUCAGUACACUGUGCAUUUGUGCCCCAUCCUCUACUUUAGAUGA